AUUUGGAGGACAAGGAUUGGCAAAAACAGCGAGAGCGACUUCGAUCAAGAAAUCUGGUCACCCUGAUGUCCAUAAACGAGCCUUUGCUAUGGUAGUGGGCAUACUUCAUGCAGAAGAUUCAUACAUGGACGUUUUGAUCUCGAUUCUCCUUCGGCUGAUACAAUCCGAACCACAAGCAGCUACAAAGCCAAUGCUAGCCCCAGCUAAUUCUCGCAUCCAGUCUCUGAGCAUUGAUUUAUUACAAACAAUAAUCUCUCGCGGAGAUAUGGGUUUUGAGACCUUGGAGAAUAUCGAAACCGUCAUUGUAGCCAAAUGUUUCGCGGCUAUACACACCAACCGACUAGACAUACAACCCAAACUCCUUCACAUCCUCCAUUCUGUCAUCUUAGCGAUCUCUACUAUCCCGUCAGCAAGGCAAGGUAAAUCCAAAGCCGACGCAGCACUGGCCCUUGCGGCGCUCGAAUCAUCUGGGACCGCUGGAUCCACUCUUGGAGAUGAACUUUCCACAAAGAAGUUGGCUAUCUCUAGUUUGAAUCCCUUAUUGACGCAAACUCUUCUUGAUGGCAUCUCGGAGGUUGGCAACAGGCCAAUCCUACAACAUUGGCUGGACUUUAUUCUGACGACAAUUCCUCAAUUUAGUCAAUCCAUGCAACAGCUAUCAUAUCCUCUGAGUGACUGCAUAUGCAAACAGCUCAAUGGUGCCCUUCUGACAUUGGACCGAGUCAUCAAUAGAAUGCCACUCUCGAACGAAAAUAAAGAGGUCGUAAUGUCCGACUCAGAAUUUGUUAUGCUUCUCCAUGCAUUAGAACGCCUCGUUCUCCAAGGCCUUUCAAAAGGAGAUAUGCC